AUGGCAUCGAAUCGUUCGUUUAAGCUAAAUUCGGGGCAUAGCAUCCCCGCUGUUGGAUUGGGCACAUGGCAAUCAAAACCGAACGAGGUCAAGGAAGCUGUAGCGGCGGCACUAAAACUCGGUUAUCGCCAUAUCGACGCAGCAGCAGUGUAUGGGAAUGAAGCAGAAGUGGGAGAUGGAAUCAAAGCUUCAGGAGUGGAGCGAGAGUCAAUAUUUAUCACUGGAAAGCUUUGGAAUACCGAUCACAAGCCAGAGGAUGUUGAACCAGCUCUUGACGCAACCUUGAAAGACCUCCAAACCGAUUAUGUUGACUUAUAUCUUAUCCAUUGGCCUGUUGCGUUCCCCAAGUCCACCGAACGAUUCCCAGUCGAUCCAACCACCGAGCAAAUUUCCGUCAUCGAUGUGCCAAUAGCUGAUACAUGGAAAGCUAUGGAAGCUCUUGUCAAGAAAGGCAAAGUUCGAAGCAUUGGUGUCAGUAAUUUCACACAAGAGAAGAUCGAGACCCUUCUACAAACAGCAGCCAUCCCGCCUGCGGUCAAUCAGAUUGAGGCGCAUGCGUACUUGCAGCAACCGAAGCUGUUGGAAUGGUCGAAACAGAAAGGCAUAGUCGUAGCAGCGUACAGUCCACUCGGGAACAAUAUCUACAACCUUCCACGAGCAGUGGAUGAUCCCACCGUCAUUGCUCUCGCCAAGGAUCUAAACAGGCAGCCAGCUCAACUCUUGAUCAAUUGGGCUGUUCAGCGCGGCACUGUUGUGCUCCCCAAAAGUGUCACAGCAUCGAGAAUCAAGGACAAUCUUGAAGAAUUCGAGCUUCCAAAAGAUGUCUUUGACAAGAUCACGGCACUAGAUAGCCAUACUAGGUAUAACUUCCCGGCCCGAUUAGGUGUCGAUAUCUUUGGUGAAGUAGGACCGGAGAGCUUGAAGAAAAGUGUGGAGGACUGGAAAGCGGCCCAGCGAAAGUUGAAAGCUACUUCUUAA